AUGCGUCUCACACAGAAGGAGCCUCCUCUUUCUGGAGGCAAAUUCGGUGAACGAGGCCACAAUACACCACACCCUUCCAUUGCUACUCAAGCCAGGACCACAAUUCUACCCGAUGGACAGUCUUCUUUCGCCACUGACUAUAUGCACAGGGAGGAGGAGAGGCAUCCCGGGCGUCGUGAGCCAAGCUUCCACGGCCUACACAACCUACACAAGUCCGUCUUCGAGCGCACUUUGAGGCCACCUGAGCCAUGCGAGGAGGAACACAAGCGGCGGAAGACGCUCUGGGAGCUCGGCACACAGGCGGUGCGAGAGGCGUUGGAGGACAUCCCAGCCGGCAGUCACGUCAACAUUUGUGCCAACAGUGGACCGCACGACCCGAAGUUUGAGGACCUGCCCCCGUGGGCAACAGUCCCUGGCGCCAGUGUGGGCCUAAUGAUGGUGGCCGGGUUCCGGGACGAGCAGGCCACCGGCAUCCACCCGGGCUGGCGACAGGUCGCACAUCCUAUCAGGGCCGACGAGGGCCGGCUUCUCGCUGGCCUCCGCCUGCUGGCUACAGUCACAGGCCGUCGGGAUCUCACGUUCACCGUGACCAACAUCACCCAUGCGACAGUGCCCCUCAGAUGGAUGAACUUCGUCAGAGAACACAAGCUCUUGUCACACGGUUCGGUGACGGACUCUUGGAAGCCCACUAACCUCGGGUGCUGGUUCCACCAUGGGGGCUUGUUUCAGUCCGAGUACGAAGUCUUCCGGGGCAGCUUCGCGUGGGAUGGCGGCCUCUACGGCUGGGACGAGGCUGUACUGUACACGCGGGGACCCGUCGCCGUUGUAGAUGAUGUGAGGCCUGAGCGCCGCUUCGACUCAUGGAGCCCAGACGCCGUGCUCGUCGGCAUUACUUGGCUCCAGGUGGUUGAUGGUAAGCUAUCUGGCGGGUGCAAGGAGGAGACCUCGCGUGCGGAUGUGAUAGAUUGGGAUACGAAGGGAAUCCCUGGUGGCCCACUGAACUAUAAAAUCUAA